GCUGUGAGUCAGCGUAGACUCUAAAGUAUAAACUUCCUGUUAGAUUCACUGCUGUUUCUCUUCCGCCGGUCUAAGUCAUCAUGGUGGGUACACCGAGAACAGCAGAGUUUACCAGCUCUGUGAAUCUACAUUAAUCCUCUCUGUCUGUCUGUCUGUGUACCGCUUUCAAGCACACUUCUUACUUCGAAGCACACAGAGACUCUGUGACUCUGUAUUUUGUGCACUUUAAUGGCCCGGAUGGUGAAAAAAUCUGUUAGAACUCUCCAAUGUUUUCAGACACCUUCAGCUCUUAAUGGUUAAAAACAGCCAGAAUUUUCACGAUAUCUUAGAAAAAUGUUCAGAGUGAGAUUUUUGGUUCAAGUCGCUGAAUCUCAUCUCUAUUUUGUAUAAACACUGGCCCAUUUUUGCCUCUUUUAUAAACUUAUUCAGCUGAAAAUAAAUCUCAUUUCAAUCGUCAAUUUGAAAUUGAUCAAACAUAAAAUGUUCAAAUCUAAUGUGACUUUAACGUCGUCAAACCAAUAAUAAAGACUAACACAAAGGAGGUUAAAAAGUGACUUAUUUUCUAUAGCCUAUGUAGUGAUAAAAUUGUUUUUCAUUUCAAUUUCAUUCACCUAAAAAUAAUCGAUAUCUGACUGGGGAACUCAAAGGCUUCAUAUUGUUAGAUUUGUGUUCAGUUUUUUGAUGAUUAAAAAACAUGAUAAUACUCCGUCUGGAUUAUCUUCAGUUUGACCACAGUUCUGCUGUCCACCACCUUCACAUUGGAUUUAUUUUAUAUACUAUAUCCUUUUGGUUAUUUUCAAAAUGGGUUUGAAUGUGUUUGUGUUUAUUGUCUCUGUAGGGGCGAGUCAGGACCAAGACAGUCAAGAAGGCCGCCAGGGUCAUCAUUGAGAAGUACUACACCCGUCUGGGUAAUGACUUCCACACCAACAAGAGAGUGUGUGAGGACAUCGCCAUCAUCCCCAGCAAGCCUCUUCGCAACAAAAUCGCAGGGUGAGUAGUGAUAAUAUGCUGCAGAAACAUGUACCCCUGCUUAACGCUGUACAAGGGUUAAGACAGUUUUUGGUGUUUCUGAUUUAUACAAGUAGUUUUGGAUUCACAUUUGACAUUCUAUCUUGGGUAAACAGAGGAAUACAAAUCUCAUGAUUGGAUAUUUGUCUUUUUCUCAACAAGGGACAUAAAAUAAAUUUCACCAACUAGUUUUAUAAAGAUCCCAAAGAUGAAAUGGUAACUGUAAGUUGGUGUCUUGAUAUUGAUUUAUGAUUGGUUGCACAGCAGGCUUUUGUUCUUUUAGUAUUCUGUUAUAUUUAUUGUGCUUGGCAAUAUUUGUUUACUUGUUGCAGAAGUAAAGAACUGCUUGGUUUGCUGUCGAUUGAUACAAAAUGGAUUUGUAACCUGUUUUCUAAAAUAUGCAACACGUCUUCACUGUCUUGACUGCAGAUAUUUGGAGCAAAAUGAAUUAAAGAAGAAAUGCUUUAGUUUGUCUCUUUACUUAUGUUAUUUUUUAAAUAACAAAAGAACAUCAACAAAAAAAACAGCAUUGAAUCAGGACUCUAUACUGGCAGGUAGUCAAAAUAAAAAAUCUGAUCUGGAUCUCCAGCAGUCAGAGCCCAAAGAGGCUGAGCAGGACAUCCCUGUGAGUAGUUUGUUUUGCUAAAUCGUGACAAGCUUCAAACUUGUAUUGAUAUCAGUCGUCUCCGAGCCAAGAACCAGUUGUUUUGACUGAGUUAAAGCUCAGGAAUCAAGUAUUUAUUCAUAAGACAGCUGUCAGAACAAGAUAAGAAAUGUUCUCUUUGCUGCAGCUUUGCACCGUCAGGGUUUAUGUCAACAUAAAGACACCCAGUCUCCGUAAUGUCUGAAGCCAGUGAAAGUGAGUGCGGAGAAAUUGAGCAGUGAGUCAGCAGGCAGUAAAUCUCCUCUGAGACCUGACUGAAGUCCUGUCCUGCAGAUGUUUGACAAAUGUAUGCUUUUAAAACUUUUGAGUUAUUUCUGGAAUGAUUUUUUGUCAUUGAAAAACUGCUUUGAUUUGAUACCUGUGCUAAAUCGAUGGGUCGCCUGGCCUCUUGUUUUUCUACAGUUGAGCUGUUUUUGAUAAAGAGUCUUGAUUGAUAGAUCCUCUGCUUUUUGGGACCAGACUUUAGUGCCACAUCGUGCUUUGUCCAGACAGUGUAGGUCAAUUUCGCUGACGCUCAGCAGACAUUUUAUAGCGAUCCUUUUAAUUGAAUUAAGCUGUUUUAACGUGUGGUUCACUCCCAACUGUUGCACACCAUAAAAUUAAUGAAGUUACCGGGCUGAUUGAUUCUCUUGGCUUAUGAUGUUGAAAAAUGUUGGACUUGGCGUACAGUAUGGUUUGUGGUCACUGAUUUUCAUCUGUUUAAUGACUCUCAGGUAUGUGACACACCUGAUGAAGCGCAUCCAGCGGGGUCCAGUCAGAGGAAUCUCCAUCAAGCUGCAGGAGGAGGAGAGAGAGAGGAGGGACAACUACGUCCCAGAGGUCUGUUCAUACACUUAUGUUCACAGGCUGCAGAUUUGCUGCAGUAGUUUGGAAACUUGCAUUAAUCUAUUCAUUUUUAGAGUAGUCAGUGCUUUUGUACACUAUUAUUUAGGAUGCUGUCUGCAGGAGGACAUCAGAUUUUUAAAAAUGAUCUUAUGGGGCCACUUUGCUGUAAUUGAUAGACAGACUACAAAUUUUUAACUUGAAAUUCAGUCCUGACAGAUGGAUUUUAUCAGUCUUACAUGCUGGAAAACUCUCGGUGCAAAUUGAUGUAAAUGUUUUUUAUCCACCCUCUCCAGAUUUCUGCUCUAGACCAGGAACUCAUCGAGGUAGAUCCAGACACAAAGGAAAUGCUGAAGAUGCUUGUAAGUGAAUGCAACAGACAUUUUUAUUUAAGACUUCUGUGGUUCUCACAGUCCUUUUUGAUAUUCUUGGUUGACUUGCAGAUGUUCUGACCUGUGUUAGCUAGGUUAACUGAUUAAUUCAGAAACAAAAGUUGGGUAUUUUACAGAGGAAACACUAGUGAUUCAGCUUGAUCUUCGACCAAGAUGUUAAUCUGAUCCACCUUUCAGACCUCUCCAGACAGAAAAGAAAACCUCUGUAAAGUUAGUCCUGAUCCUCAUGAAUACUUUUUCUCUUCUUGCAGGAUUUCGGAGGCCUGUCCAACCUUCAGGUCACUCAGCCAGCUGUUGGGAUGAACUUCAAAACACCAAGAGGAUUGUAGGAUCAUAAGUAAUGCUUUCAAUAAAGUGAAAUAUUAAAACAUCAUUUAUGUGCCCUGUUUAACUGAGAAGUGACGGUCAAUCUUAUUUUUUAACAAGAAGGAGAAAAUGAAAAACGUAAUAUUCAACAGUUUGACAAUCUCACAGGGUUUAAAUUUAUAUAAUCAGACUUUUGACAGAUAAGCAAAAAACCUUUUUAUUUCUUUUAUUUUUUAUUUUUUUCUGGCAGUUCGGUUGUUAAAGUUCAGCUUUUUGUGGCCAUACUUGUGUACAGCUGAUAAAAAGUAUUAGAACCAUUUAUUACAGAAGGUAACCAUGGGAGCUGCUGAAUUCAUCAAAUUUAAUUGCACAGCUUUAGUAGAAUUUAAUUUGAAUGAGGCAUUAAUAAAAGGAAAUUAGAUUAGCAUAUUAAUCCUAUCUCACACUGUGUCUGGUUGCUGUCCUCCUCUGGCUCAGAGGGUCAGGCCAGACGUUUCCUGUCUCUGCUUUUAGUGAGAUCUUUACCAAGCACAGGUUUAUAAAAUGAUCCAAAUGGAGAGAAAUACAUAAACUGGACUAAAACUAUUAGUGAUAUUCCCAACCGUUAGCUCAAAUGUAAUAGAAUAACAUGAACAACAUUUGGUGACCCCUAAUGAGUGGAACGGAAAUGUUAAUAGCUGUCUACAGCUUUGUUAAGGUUUAGCUUUAGGAGUGGCAGCCUCCACAUGACUCAGGAGACCUGACCACACAAAUUUUAAUUAUAGUAUCAGGUGUCCUUAAUAACAUACUAAAAGUUUAAACUUGGGACGUUUCAUGGUGAUAUCUGUUACCUCAAAAUUUUACCCGUGUCACCUGGGGUGUCUCCUCAGGCUUCCUACCCAUUAUAGACGCCAUCUUGAAAAUGACACCUUUCUAGUGGUCAAACUUUUGGUAAACUUUAUGUUAUAAAGGACGUCUAAUACUAUAAAAAACAGUUGAGAAACCUUUUGUCAGAAUUUUUUUAAGGCUAGGUGUUUUUGUUUUUUUCUUCAUACAUGCACCUGCCUAUACAGCAAUCAUUCAACCUAACUGGUCCAGUGUUCUCCAAUAAAGGAAGACAAACUUAUUACAGUUUCUGACUUAGAGUCUGCCUAAAAAAAAGUUUUCGGCAUCUCCCUCUGUUUAAGCUAAUGUAAAGAUUAAUAGAACAAUCUUUUUAGUCUUGAAGUACUUUUUCUUUAAGCUCUGUAUGCCAGAUGUCAUACUUUCACUUUGGUUGAGUAACAGACUUGAUAAAUGUUGGGCUUUACACCCUGGUAAACAGGAUCAGAAGCGCAAUGAAAUAUUAAACAGGUCAGCUUAGAAGAAAUCACAAUAUCACUUAUAGUUAAGAUUAAAUGGAAAUAUUUAAAAGCAGCAAAUCAUUAAGCUAUGUGCAUUUUUCAACCUGAAUAUACAGAUAUAAGAUAGAUGGCUAAUACUUAAAAACAGCCAUGUCCUGUCUGAGAAAUUAACUCUGAAUAUUAGUAGUCCUGCACUUUUUACCAAACUCCUUUACCUGUCCACUUGCAGGAUGCUUAACCCCCACAGGCCAGGAUCUGGAGCCGUAACUCCAAUCAACAGCAAUAUUGGAGAUUUUCUGAAAUCCUGCUCUUACGUGCAAAAAUAUCACUGUUCUACGAGUAUCAAACUCUGAAAAUAAGUCCCAACUGUGACCUGACUGAGUUCACACCGUCAUCUUCAGCCAAAACACAAAAGACUAAAGUUGAUGAUGCAGAUUUUGUUUAAAAACUUUUGUCAAAUUGCGUUAAUUCAUCCAGUUGCUUAGUGUUCAAUUGUAACCUGUAUUUGUUAUUCAUAAAGUAAACUCAAAGAAAUUAAAUAAAUCCUCUAAGUGGCAUCCUGGUAAGUCCUACAGCACAACUUAAGACUUAAAAAAAUACUCAAAAGGACACACUUUCACAGCCAAGAACAGCAUGUUGGUAGAAGCACAGGACUUUUAAAAAGACAGACACUUCAACAGAACACUCAAUAGUGAUGUCGAGAAAGAGUCUAGACACGGAGAAUAAUGCUUAAACACCUUUAUUGUGCCCAAUCUGAACAUACUCCACAACUGUAAGUAGCAAACUUGGCAGACCACAAUGAGGUAGACUUUCAAAACUCUAAAAAGCAGCUGGGCUAAAAGGACAACAAGCUCAGCAUGACAAACUUAUUGGAUAAAGAAAAGACACUUUGUCUUUGGCACACAGCUUAUUAUGCAUCAAUGUUCAACUGGAACAGGAAGGCAAAAUGGGUUAAGAAAGCAUGAAAUCAGUUAAUCGGGGUCUACUCAAGCUCUGGAUACGUUAUUUAUAAUAAUCAGCUAUGUGGAAGUUCUUACAUUCAACAGGAAACAAGCAGCUGUUCUAACAUAGUCAUGUCCCCCUGCUGAUGUACAAAAGUGAUUAAAAACCACUGCCACCUCUCCAAACGUGCAAAUUAAAAAGUGCAAAAAUCAAAACUAUGUACAAUCAAAUGCUCAUUCACUCUGGUCUCAACAGGCUCCAUCAGUAGCUUGUGAAAUGAUGGACCGCCAGUCGAAGUUUAUCCAGUUCCGUUACAUACACUGAAUUUAACUGGACCAAUUAAGUAAGUUAAAGAAAUACUUCUGUGCCCAUUCAGCUGAAAUUUUUGAGGGCAAAAUUAAAAAGAAAAAACAAAAACAAAAAACAUUCACAGAAAAAUGCAUGAGAAGAAAUAAAAAUAAAAAGAGGGGGUUUUCCCAUAAACAGCCACCUGGUAGAAUUCUGUUCAAAAUUUUCAUGUAAUGACUUAAAACCGUUUGUGUACAAAUUAGUAAAAAACUGCGUAAAAAUGUCUGAAAUGCGACUGGUUAAAUGAAGCCCAACAUUCAACUCCCAAAAGUAAGAAACACCAGUUGGCUUGCACAGGAAAAAACGGAUGCCAACUGGGGGUCGGGGAGGGAGGAGGGGAAAAAAAUAAAAAUUUAAAGGCACUGUAUGGCAUCUGCCAAUGAACGGCAAUGAGAUUUGCGUGAUUGCUCUUCACUAUGCAACACAUGUAAACAAAAACAAAAAGAAAAAAAAAGAAAAAACAAAAAAAAAAAAAAAAAAAAAAAGAAA